AUGACUGAAUCGAUUGCAAAAGCGCCAUACCGGCCGCAAGAUCACCUCAAGCCAUUCCCGCCAACAUCCCAAUUGAAACAAAUCCAACCCAAUCAGAAUGGAACACACACCAAACACAAUGACUCAACCGACGAAACCAUCCCCCCUCUCCCAACCGUGAUCGCACGCAUCCACGCCCGCCGAUACAAGCUCUCGGAACUCUCCGUCUCCUACAACGGUGGCAAGGACUGUCUAGUCCUGCUAAUUCUGUUUCUGGCCGGGUUGCAUCCAACACGCGCCCGCAAUAACAUCCCUUCCAAUGCCGAGGCAAAUGCAAAUGUAAACGACACAACCCCCUCCCCCGCAGACCUCGACGCAGAGGCCCAAAUAGCCGCUGCGACGGUCAUCCCCGCGAUCUAUGCGCUCCCGCCUGAUCCAUUCGAUGCAGUCGAAGACUUUGUCAUCUCCUCGGCGGAAGCCUAUCACCUCGCCAUUACAAAGUAUACGACUGCGCCGCCGGCUUCGACGCUGCGCUCUAGCUUUGAGGAUUAUCUGGCGCGGCACCCUGGGAUCCGGGCGAUAUUUGUUGGUACGCGGCGGACGGAUCCGCAUGGUGCGCAGUUGACGCACUUUGAUCGGACGGAUGGGGGGUGGCCGGAUUUUGUGCGUGUGCAUCCCGUGAUUGAUUGGCAUUAUGCGGAGAUUUGGGCAUUCAUUCGGCAUCUGGAUUUGAAGUAUUGUUCGCUCUAUGAUGAGGGAUAUACCAGUCUUGGCGGCACCUCUGAUACCCAUCCUAAUCCGAGAUUGCGGGUUGGCGCCGAGGCGGAUGGACAAUAUCUUCCUGCUUACCAACUCACGGAAGAUCUGGAAGAAAGACUUGGGCGCAAUUGA